AUGUCGUCUCUUCUGCCCCAAAGCGCGGGCUACGCGACCAUUUUGGUCGGCGGCGCCUUCUUCGCCGCGCUCAUGAACGGCAUCACCUGGGUCCAGACUCGGUACACUACGUUCAACGCCGGCAAGACGGGCACGCUCACCUACCUCUACGGAGUCUCGGUACCGUAUUGGUUCGGCAUGGGAGGAUUUGUCGAAAUCGCGGCUUUCGCAUUUGUCUCUUCCAAGAUUAAGGCAAACGCCAGCGGGGCAUCGACAUAUCUGCAGGUCGCAAAGGUGCGGUUUGGCACUCUCGGCCAUCUCGCCUACAUGUUCGCCGCGCUAGUAGCCAACUUCGUGGUGGGUAGUGAGAUCCUGAUCGGUGGAUCCGGCGUCAUCGCGGGAAUGACGGGAAUAAACCAGUACGCCGCCGUAUGGCUGUUGCCGUUGGUCAUCGUCGCCUAUGUCUUGACGGGUGGUCUCCGUGCCACUUUCGUUGCCGACUACCUUCACUGCGUCAUCCUAUUUUCCUGCCUCAUCACACUCGUCCUGGCUACGUACACGCGAGGCGAUGCCAUCGGCUCCCCUGGCAAGUUAUACGACCUCCUGCUGGAGGCGUCCGAGCAGACAAGUCCAGCCGUCGGCAACGGACACGGCUCAUACCUCUGCUUCCGCAGCGAAGGUGGCAUGUACUAUGCUGUGACCGCCGCAACGUCCUUCUUCGGACUGUCAUUCUGUGACCAGGCCUAUUGGCAGCGGAGCAUUGCCUCCAGGCCGGCGGGCACCAGCAAAGCGUUCAUAUUCGCCGGCUGCUUCUUCUUCUCCGUUGCUCUCGGAAUCGGGUCCUCGAUGGGCUUAGCAGCGCGCGCUCUAGCAACGAAUCCGGCCUUCCCGGCUUAUCCCGACGGCCUCACUCUCGAACAGAUCGGCGCGGGGCUGGCUGGGCCGUUUGCGAGCGUGGCGAUCCUGGGAGAAGCCGGGCCGGCCAUGUAUACCAUUAUUGCCUUCAUGGCAACUACCUCAGCACUGUCCGCCCAACUGGUUGCGGUCUCGACAAUCUUCUCUUAUGACAUCUACCACGAAUAUGUCGUCAAGGAUGCGACAAACUCGCAGAUGAUGAAGUCCAACCAUGUCGUGGUCGUCAUCUGGGCCGUCUUCCUCGCCGGCAUCGACACCGCGUUCGUGCACAUCGGCCUGGACCUCAACUUCCUGUUCUACCUGAUGGCAGUGUGCACCUCGGGCGCCGUCUUCCCCAUCGGCCUUCUCAUGUGCUGGACCCGACUGAACAAGGCGGGCGCCGUCGCCGGGGUCACCGGAGGCCUGGUCAUGGGUAUGGUUGGCUGGCUGGUCGCCGCCGUCGAGACGCAGGGGAGCAUAACCACGACGACUCUGACCGACAGCAAAGUGAUCCUUGCUGGGUCUCUGUCGGCCUUGGGUGCCGGCGCCAUCCUGUCCAUCGGGCUGUCACUGAUUAGGCCGGCGUCGUUCGACUUCAAGCUCACCCGAGCGAUCGGCCACGGCACAACCAUGCUAGACAUGCCCGUCACCGCCGAGGCGACGACUUCGGAUGAGAAGGGACCUCAGAGCGGCGCCGAGGGUUCAGCGGCCCCGGUAUACGAGCCCGCCCUGGACCGCAUCCGAGAUGGGGGUGUGACCGGCGAGAGCGGAUCGCGGUAUGCCGAGGAAAUCAAGGAGCUCGAGGCAUCGCAAAGCCGGUUCCGCCUCAUCACCGCACUCUUCCUGCUCGUCAUCCUCGUCCUCAUCCCUGCUCCGCUCGCCGGAACUGCGGUCGUGUAUCCGAGGGGCCUCUUCGUCCUGCAGUGUGUUGCGGCAGCGGCAUUCGUGCUGGCCAGCCUGAUUCUCGUAACCGUUUGGCCGCUAUUCGAAUCGCGACACGAGCUCGGAGAAAUCCUCGGCCGCAUCGUCCGCAAUCAACGUCUGGACGUCGAGCAGCCGCGGAAUGAGUAG